AUGGUGGACCGCCAUGUCACCCAGCAGAACAUCUCCAGCUUGCUGCGCAAGCUCGAAGACUCCGACUCGGAUUUACGAUACAUGUCAUUAAAUGAUCUUCACGGGAUUCUCACGAGUCCCCAAAUAGCGACCCUUGGACCUGAUAACCGAUCAGCAAACGAAAUCUCCAAUGGCCUCCUCAAGGCCCUUGACGAUCAGCAUGGCGAUGUUCAAAACAUGGCUUUGAAAUGUCUCGGCCCACUAGCGCUCAGGCUCCCUUUCGAGCUUCUCAUUCCGCUUCUUGAGCAGUUGAGCAACCUGACCACAUCCCAAACCAUCGACACCUCUGUCCCUAAUACCGCCCUUCGCACGAUCGUUGACAUGCUUCCCCGGCCCCAACCCGGCCAACCCGCCAGCAACAGUGUCAUGGUAUCAUAUCGGGCUGUCUCACAGGUCCUCAUUCCCCGCCUGACCGGUCCCACCAAAUCUCCCUCCGGAAGACGCGGAUCCAUGGUGCCGGGUAUGCUUGAAAAGGACGCUUCGAAAGGGUUCAGCAGUGAUGCCAUUGACGUGCUCAUCAAAAUUGUUACGUGUUUUGGACCUCUUCUCCAAGAGUCGGAGCUAGACGCUUUGCAGGGAGCUGUCAUGGCCAUCAUCAAUAAUGACACUGCUGGAACCGUUGUUACCAAGCGAGCGUUGGCCGCCAUAUCCGCGCUAGUUCUCCACUUGUCCGAUGCUCAGCUUAAUAAAUUUGUUGACGAGAUCGCCAAAGACCUGAGUUCAAACAUUUCGAUUGUUCAUCGUCGCCACCUGAUUGCCCUGGUUGGCACGAUCAGUCGAAGUGCCCCGACGAAGAUCGGCCCGCAUAUCCCCACGCUUGUUCCUUUUGUAUUUGCCGCAUUGGGAGAAGGGGGCGCGCCUUCUACCUGA